AUGAGGUGGUACACAACGAGGAGCGUCCCUUUCGCUGCGAUCUCUGCCAGGCGUCCUUCAAACGUCACUCGGACUUCAAAAGCCACCGGUUGGUCCAUACAGAGGAACGACCUUUCCGUUGCGAGCUCUGCGGCAAACGCUUCAAGCGUUCCUCCAACCUCCAAGAGCACCGGCGCAUCCACAGCGGCGAGCGGCCUUUCCGCUGCCCCCGCUGCGCCAAGAGUUUCAAGACCCCCUACGAGCUCCAACGCCACGCGCUCACCCACUGCGCCGAGAAACCCUUCAAGUGCGCCGACUAAGGAUCUCCCCCCCACCAACGCCCCCCCCCUCCACCAACGCCAACACUGCGACGACAAACCUCACGUCUGCGGCGUCUGCGGGAAAAAAUUCACCUACGGCCACAGCCUCAAGGUACACGAACGGGUGCACACGGGCGACCGGCCUUUCGUCUGCCCGCUCUGCGGCAAAGGUUUCAAGCAAUCCAACGCUCUCUCGUCUCACGAGCGGGUUCACACCGGCGAGCGUCCUUUCGUUUGCAAAACCUGCGGGAAAGCUUUCAAGCAAUCGUCCUACCUGGUGAUCCACGAGCGGGCUCACACGGGGGAACGGCCAUACAAGUGCGAAGCGUGCGGGAAGGCUUUCGCCCGCCCCUCUUUGCUCCUCCAGCACCACCGCGUGCACAGCCAGGAGCGACCCUACAAAUGCAGCUUCUGCCACAAGUUUUUCAAGGACCUAGCGUACCUGGCUGUGCAUGAGAAG